GUUCAAACAACUCUCGAUCAGCAUCUUCUCCUUCCUUUGCGUCGGAAAGCAGCAGCGGAUGAAGUUGCUGUACAGUUAUGGCGGGAGAAUUGUUCCCCGUGGUGGCGAUGGAAGGCUCCGUUACGUGGGCGGUUUCACGCGCGUGCUUUGCGUGGAUCGGUCCAUUAGUUAUGCGGAGCUGAUGGUGAAGUUGUGUGAUGCGUGCGGAGAGGCGGUGAAGUUGAGUUGCAAGCUGCCGAGCGAGGAUUUGGAUGUUCUGGUGUCCAUCUGCGGCGAUGAGGAACUGGCGGUGGUGAUGGAAGAGUACGAGAAGGUGUCGAUGGAGAUGAAGAUCCGCGCCGUGCUUUCACCUUCCAAAAAGACCACGACGACGGGGUGGCCUCCUUCCUCCCCGUUGUCGUGUUUUGAUUUCCCGCCCAGGUUCAAUCAGCAGCAGCAGAAGCAGCAGCAGCAGCAGCGUGUAAAAACAUACGGCCCGGGAACCUUAAUUGGGCGCUCUCGUUAUCUCGUUGCUGCUCCGAUCCGCUCGCUUCGGAAUUAAUUAAACUACUGUAUAUAUUUACCUAGCGAGUUAUAGCUAGUAAUUUGGUCAAAGCUAAGAUUGAUUAUUCA